CCCUCCCCCCUCUGUCGUCACGCUAUAAACCUACAUGCCUGCUGCUGCCAUCCUCGUCAUUCAUUCCUGGCCUUCCUCAUAAACAACCUUGGAAUUUCACGACUACAAAGUGAGAUACCCAAUCCUCGUGCACACCUCACAUCACUCCCAUCCACGAGCAAUUAUUCAUCAACACGCACAAAGCACGCCCAUCAUGGCUGCCAACCUCACCGUCAACGUCUCCAACAUCUCGGCCGAGACCGAGGAGAAGCAGAUCAAGGAGUUCUUCAGCUUCUGCGGCAAGAUCACAGACCUCAACGUCACAAGCACCCCUGACGGCACGACCAAGAAUGCCAGCGUCACCUUUGAGAAGGAGACGGCCGCAAAGACGGCCCAGCUCCUCAACAACACUCAGCUCCAGGGCUCCCAGAUCUCUGUCGUCCCUGCCGAUGGUCACGCUGAUGACGGCGGCAGCGUCCCCCACGUCGCCGCCGACGAGAAGCACCGCGACUCGGACGAGAUUACACAGGAGGACAAGCCCCGCAGCCGCAUUCUCGCCGAGUACAUGGCGCAAGGCUACGUCAUUGGUGAUGUUGCCCUCCAGCGCGCCCUCGAGCUCGACCACAAGCACGGCGUCACCAACCGCUUCAUGAACACCCUCAACAGCCUCGACCAGAAGUACCACGCGACCGACCGCGCCAAGGCUGCUGACCAGUCUUACGGUGUCACCUCUCGCGCCACCAACCUCUUCAACGGCCUCAACUCGUACUUUGAGAAGGCUACCAACACCCCCACGGGCAAGAAGCUCGUCGACUUCUACACCGUCAGCUCUCAGCAGGUCCAGGACGUUCACAAGGAGGCUCGCCGCCUUGCUGACCUCAAGAAGGAGGAGCACGGCGGCAGCGCCUACAAGGCUUCGGGUCUCGAGAAGGUCUUUGGUAAGGCCAAGGAGGGCGAGUCUUCUGCCACUUCUGGAUCCACCACUACUGCCGACAGCUCAGCCACCCCUGCACCUGGUCCCAAGGCUGGCACCACAGAGUCCACUCCGAUUGCCCCAACCGGCAACAUUCCCUCCAAGGCUCCUGGUGACGAGAAGCACUAAGGGAGGCGGAGUGGACAUUUUCGUUGGCUUUCACGACAACUAAGGGGCAGCGAUACGUUUCUUGAUGGUUUUUGUGGCACGACAAGGUUUAAUGAUAUCAUGAUUUCAAUUGUUCUAGCCUGCGAUCGUACUCUAGGCAUAAUGUUAUCAAAUGAUGCUUUUGCAAUGUUGCCCGC